GGGCUGCAGUCCUCCAACCCUAUAUCUCUGAUAUCCCUGGACUAUUGGGGAGAAAACAUGAGUUCUAGUUCUAGCCAUAAAUCCUACCGUCCUCUCACUUCCUUCACAUUCUGGAUACAAGCACAGCAGCAUAGGUCUGUGAAAGAAAGUGCUAGAUCGAUGAAAAUAGUGAAUAUUAUGCUUAACUGCCUUGUUACGCUUAGUGCUUACGCAUUUUUACCCGAACUUGUCAAACUCUGUAAACAGCAGUACAACAAACUUUUUAUUCUAUCUACAUGUUUAUUAUUUAGUUUACACCCGGUUCACACAGAACCGGUUAUUUCUAUAGUGGGCCGAGCAGAUUUACUCGCGGCAUUAUUUUUUAUUGUAACCUGUUUGUUCACACUUUGGUUUAAUCCUGACAGUUUCAUAGGCAUUGUUUUUAAACAUUUUAUAAUAUCUCUGUUAUCGUUUGUAUCCAUGCUAUGCUAUUCCCUGCUCUACCACAUUGGGUUAACCACACUAACUAAACAUGUCAAAACCAAACUUGUUUAUGUAUUUCACACAAUCUUGUUGAUAUUAAUACUACUGAGAACCUGUAUUAGAAGCAGUGCCUGGAGACAGGAGAAUAUAUUAUACAGGACUGGGUUAACAGUGUGUCCUGGCAAUGGUAAAGUUCACUAUAAUAUUGCCAAGAUACUAGAUCAGGAGAACAAGAGAUCUCAAGCAAUUCUAUUCUACAGUGAGGCUGUUAGACUAGUUUUGGAGAGGCAGGGUGAGGUAGUUGAGUCUGAAUAUAAAUAUCUACAAGCUCUUCAACUAAGAACUCCCUACCCAGACUGUGAAUUUAACCUAGGGAACCUGUAUUUGAAAACCAUGCAGUUCACCAAAGCAGAAAUGCAGUUCAGGAAAGGUGUUGAGCUAAAUCAUGAACUGUCCUAUAUUAACCUGAGUUUACUACUGGAUCAACUAGGCAAGCUGGAAGAAUCUAGGCAGGUGGCAGAACAGGGGUUAGAUCUGUUCCCUAGAAACCCACAGCUUCACUUCCACCUGGCAAACUCCCUGGGCAAACUGAAAAUGUUCAUUAAAUCGGAAAAAGAAUACAAAGCAGCUUUGCACAUUGUGGAGAAAUCAAGUUUCUAUCUGAAUCUGGGU